GGUCACAAUGGAGACAUCCUCAGAGAAGGACCUCAGUUUCAUUCGCUCGCGCGUUGUUGGUGACAGGGGAGACAUGAAUGCUUGUUAGAGACCGCGAGCAGAAUUUAUUUAUCUAAUUUUUUUUUCUUGUGAUGUGAAGAGAACGCGGGUAUAAAGAGUGUCCAGCUGCGUGAGGCUAUGUUAAAAUUCGUGUGUGCAUUUGUGAUAUUCGGAGAAAAAUGUGUAUCGGUGCUUAUUCUGUGAUGAGAACGCUAACGUAUCAUAUAGGAUUUAGUAAACAUAGUAUUUAGUUAAUCAAGUGUUGUGAAAAGGACUAAAAUGAUACUAUAAAAUAUACAAAUACCGGUAUUUUUUGUGAUAUUACGAUACUGUGACAUAUAUAUAUAUAUAUAUAAAAACAUGGCGAGUUCCAUCUUCUGUGUUCUGACAGUUGGCCUGAUCCUCGUCUUAACAAAAGCAGAUAUAGUGUUAUAUGAAAAUGGAUACGAAGGCGUGGUCGUGGCCAUUGGCAAGGAUGUUCCAGAAAGUCCCGUGAUUAUAGAAAACAUUAAGAAAAUGUUCGAAGAUGGAUCCCGGGUUCUCUUCGAGGCGACGAGGAACAGAGCUUUCUUCAGGAAGGUCACCAUCGUUGUGCCUCCUUCGUGGGAAAAGAGAGAGGAAUAUCUGUCCACCAACAUCUCCGGCUGGCUUCCCACAGCGGCCGUGAGGAUAGACAUGCCCCACCCAGAACACGGAGAUUUCCCUUACACUCUGCAGCUGGGUGGGUGUGGCGAGUCGGGCGCUUAUAUCCACUUGACGCCCACGUACACCGCGUUCAUGUAUGGGGACUUCAACAGCACGUUCGGAUCGCCAGGCAAAGUCCUCGUCCACGAAUGGGCUCACUUCCGCUGGGGUGUCUUCGACGAGUAUGGGAAACACGGCACCGGUUCGCCCGCCUUUUAUAUCGGCGAGGAUCAGCAGGUGCACGUGACAGGAUGCACGCAGGACCUCAAGGGCUGGAUGAGGACCCAGAACGGCACCCAGUGUCAUGCGGACACCGGCGGGAUGCCAGAUGCCCAGUGCCACUUCUUCCCGGCCGAGAAUAACAAUGUUACCGGGUCGUUUAUGAAUCUCUAUUUCCUCGAUUCGGUCACCCAGUUCUGCGACAACGACACAAUUCCGCACAACGUCUGGGCUCCCAACGCACACAAUCUGCAAUGUGGUGGUCAGUCGGUCUGGGGGGUGAUCACGCAACACGAAGAUUUCAAGAACGCAAACUUUCCAACGACCUUAGGCUCCCCCUCAACCUUGAAGCCGAAGUUCCAGGUGAUCCAAGAGGCUGCCAAGGAGAAGCCAAGAUUCAUUCUGCUUCUUGACCUUUCGAGUUCCAUGGACCAGUUCAUGGCGCAGUUGUACCAGGCGGUUGUCAGAUUCGUCCGCGACCUCAUCCCCAACGAAUCCGAAGUGGCUGUUGUUUCCUUCGCCAACAAGUCCACUCUUCACGUCAACUUCACGCGGGUGCAACAUAACAGGGAGGAAAUCGUUGAGAAAUUGCCCAUGACGUAUAACAAGGACGGGUUUACGGCGAUUGGGGGAGCUCUGUAUUUUUGUCUUCAGCUCGUAGAAGAAUCUCACGUGAAGAGCGAAGGCCUCAUGAUAAUCCUGAUAACUGACGGCGAGCAGACCAUCCUGCCGCUGGUGGAGGAGGUUCUGCCUGACGUGAAAAGAGCAGGGAUCGUCAUCAACACAGUGUCCUUUGGUCCGAAUGCUACGGAUUCUCUCGAGAGCUGGGCAAAGGAGACAGGGGGCGCUAGCUACUACCACAGCACCGGGUCACGUGGAUCCCUCUCCAGCCUGGAUGCCUUGCUCUUUGAUGCUAUAAAAUCAUCGGAUAAAGACGAGAUGAAGCAAUUGCAACAAGUACACAGAGACGUCGUUUUCGUAAAGCCUGGACGAAAGAACUUCGUUGUUGGUGAAGUUGUUCUGGAUUCCACUGUGGGCCACGAGACGCGUUUCACCUUCACGGAGAAUAUCGACUUGUACAACCAGUUUUCUAUAGUGGUGAAUCUCACGUCUCCCACUGGAGAAAAUUACGGACGUGGGAGUGACUCAAGUAUUUAUCGCGUAGACAACAUAACGAGGACAAUCACGUUCACGUUUCAGGAGGCUCCGGCUGGAAAAUGGGUCUACAACAUAUCUACCUCUGGUUUCAUUCCCUUUGACGAAGUGCUAGUGGCUGUUACGUCACAUCCGAGCAAGAAGACGCAGGAGGACCCGAUAAGGGUGAAAACUUGGAUGUCUAGCAGUGAAGUGACCUACCCAUCACCGACGCGACUGUAUGCCUUCGUGAGCCAAGGUUAUAGCACUGUCAUAAACGCUAAUGUGACAGCGAUCAUAGAGCCACCGACAGAAGCUAGCUCGGUGGCACUGCCUCUGCUGGACAAUGGUGUAGGAGCGGAUUUGCGGGCCGGCGAUGGAAUUUACUCUGCCUAUUUCACGCAGUUCUCAGCUAACGGCCGCUACAGCGUCUCGGUUACCGUUUCUACAAGCAACCAGACGGCAAAACUACAAGCCUACAAGCCAGGCGAUCCCAGGUCCCGGUCCCUCCACCAGUACCAACCACGACCCCUUACCAGCGCCAUAAGGAGGUUACGACUCCCGGUACCCCAGAACUCGUUACCUGACCCGGUUUCCCAGUUCCCACCGGAUGACCUCGUCCCAGCACUCGGCCCCGAUGGAGAUGAGGGAAGGGGGGGGAGGGAAUUUAAUAAGGUUCAAGUGGAACCUUUUACGAGGUUUAUUUCGGGCGGGAUAUUCAAGGUCAACAACUACCAGCCGGGUGACAAGUUGCCGCCAGGUCGAGUCACUGACCUGGCCGUAGCGGUGAUUCACCUUUUCGAGUCGAGUGUCACGCUGAACUGGACCAGUCCGGGAGAUGACCUGUAUCACGGGACAGCCAGCACGCUAGAACUGCGUUUCCACGAAAUGAGCAUAAUCUAUCAGGACUUUCAAAAAGGUCAUAUCGUCAAUGAGUCUCACUUGACCUCAGGUGACCUUAACCCAAGACCAGCCGGUGACCCCCACGUUAUCACGGUGAAGAUUCCUGGUCGAAGUGUUGACAGCUUGGAGGGUCGUCCAUUAUUCUUCGCUCUCAAAGCCCGUGACGAAGUCGGGAACUCAGGCACUCUUUCGAACAUUGCUACUGCUUAUUUCCCUCUAAAGAAAUAUACUUAUAAUUUGGAGGUAAGGAUAACGGUGUCUAAAUAGGCUGUCGUUUUUUUAAUGACUUUGUUUUAGUAUACUGUUGUUGUAUUUUCUCUUGACAUGCAUCGUGUCAUAUCAAUAAUUGAAUGCAUUUUUGGUCAUGACUUCAACCUGUUCGUAUUGCAAAAUUAUUUUUUGUCAUUAGAAUGGCCUUUAGAAAGAACUUCAUUUUUCAACCUUGCAAGACUUCUCAUUUUUCGU